UUGUAAAAACGAAGUCUCACUAUAUUGCCCAGGCUGGUCUGAUACUCCUGGGCUCAAAGUGACCCACCGCCUCGGCCUCCCAAAGUGUUGGGAUUACAGGCAUGAGCCACCGCGCCCGAUCUAGUUCUCACAGUUUUCACCCGACUUCUGCCCCGAUCUUCUCUGGCCUUGAAAGGCAGUCUGUUCCGAUUUUCCCCUGAGCCUGGUGAGCCCCCACGUAAGAGCUCUGGGGCAUCUGGCUUCGGGGCAGUCUGACUAAAGUGGAUGGAGGUUGCAGGUCCUUGUCUGGGUGGGCCUGGGGCGGGGCGGCGGCUUCCCAGCGUCCUCCCGGCCUGGCCGCCUUGGAGGCUUCUAGGGCGCAGUCCGUCCCCUUGCGCGGGGCGGGGCCUAGAGGCGCUAGGGCGGGAUUGGCUGGGGACGUUCGCGGAGUCCCGCCCCGGAGCCAGGGGUCGAGUCCGUCUUUUGCGCUCAAACGCACUGAGGGCGAGGUCGGCGCGCGGUGGCGUCACGGCGCGAGCUUCUCCCGACGCUGACGUGGGUUCCGGGAGACCAGCGGGUGUGGCUGAGCGAGACCAUGGGGGCUCAGCUAAGCGGCGGCCGCGGCGUCCCGGAGCCUGCUCAGCCCCAGCCCCAGCCCCAGCCCCAGCCCCAGCCUGCGGCGCCGGAGGGCCCGGAACAGCCCCGGCCUCAGCCCCAGCCCGAGCCCAGCCCGUGGGGGCCGCUGGACGACGUGCGCUUCCUCAUCGCCUGCACUUCCUGGUACUGACGGCGUCUUCCGGAGGAUGCCGCCCGUCUGUCCGCCGUUCCCUGUGGUUCUUGCUUGCCUUGUCUCCUCUCCCCACGUCCCUGCGUCUCUUACACCUCCUCCCACCCGAGGCUCCCCAGAGAUAGCAGAGAAUUCGAAGAGGUCGCCGAGGACUGGAAAGAAGUCCCGGCCGGGCCUGCACCCAAACCCAGCUCAGACCUUCGUGUUCACCCCAUCCCUUUCUCCGGCUGGCUGGGUCGGGGGCAUCCCUCUCUGUCGCUGGCUUCCAGAGGCAGGGCAGGCCUCCUGAUAAGCCCGUAAAGCUGCUGACCUCCUGACUUCGUCUGCCUUUUAUUAAUAUUUUUAUUGCUGAUAA